AUGUCUUCAAAAGACAAAAAAACAGAUAAAAGAAGAAGUCGUUCUCGAAGUUACGAAAAAGACAACAGUCGUAAAUCAGAUUAUUCCAAUAGAUCAAGUAAAAAUAGUGGAUCUUCUAGUUAUAGGGGUAGUAGAUAUGAUGAUGAACAAAGCGAUUAUAAAGAUAAGUAAAGUCAAUCUUCAUUAAAAGAUUACUCUAGGCCAUCAAAGUAUAGCUAAUCUGAAAAAAGAAGAGAAAGGUCAAGUCGUUCACGUUCACGCUCAAACGAAAGAAAUGAUAAAGGAAGUAGGACAUCAAAAUAUAAUAAUAGCUAUGAAAAAGGAUCUUCAUCAUCAUAUACAUAAUCAACAUAGCAAUCAACUAACAAAAGAGAUACUGGAACAAAAGAAAAUCCAGCAUAUAAACUCUCAAGCGGACCUGUAAUGUUUGUUGGUUCAAAAGGAGCAACAUUAGUCAAAAAAACUCCUUUACCUCCUUCAAGAAAUGCAGAAGGUAAUGGAGGAGACCAAUUCAAGGCUCCUGCUCCAAGAGGGUAAGGAGGUUAAACAAAUUAGUAUUAAGGGUAUUAAACUAGUAAAAGACAAAAUCGAAAUGAAAAUGAAUGGGAUGAUUAUGAAGGUAAAGCAGAAUAAUACUGGUAUGAUUAGGAUGAAAAUGGUAAUUACUUUGAUGAAGCUGAAGAGGCUAUUUUUGUAGGAGAUGAGUAAGCAUUUAGAGCCAAAGAAGAAUAAUUAGAAAUGAUGAAAUAAAAAAAAUAAAAUGCAAAACAAAAUGAAAAAAAUAUGGAAAAUGAUAAGUGGGAUUUCAACAGAAUGGUUGCCUCUGGUAUAUUUAAAAUGAAAGAAGUUAGCUUUGAUUUUAAUGAAGAAGAUGACAAUAGAGUUAGUGUCUUGGUGCACGAUAUUAAACCUAUAUUUUUAGAUGGUAAAAAUAUAUACACAAAACAAAUUGAAUGCGUAUCAGUAGUUAAGGAUGAAAAUUCAUAAAUGGCAAUUAUUUCUAAAAAGGGUUCAAAUGUGCUCCGUUUCUAAAGAGAAAAAGCAGAUAAAACAAAAAUGCGUUAACGUUUUUGGGAGUUAGCAGGUUCUCGUAUGGGUUCAAUAUUAGGAGUAAAAAAAAUAGAAGAAAACAAAGAUUCUGCAGAUUUUACAGAAGAAGGUGAUUUAGAUUAUAAAAAAUCAUCUUAAUAUGCUUCUGCUUUGAUAAAAAAAUAGGAAUCUGUCAGUGAAUUUACACGUACAAAAACUAUAAAAUAACAGAGAGAGUAUCUUCCUAUAUAUUCUGUAAGAGAAGAGUUGUUAAAAGCAGUAGGUGAGAGUAAGGUUUUAAUUAUAUCUGGUGAGACUGGUUCUGGUAAAACUACUUAAUUAACUUAGUAUUUAUAUGAGAGUGAUUAUGCAUCACAUGGAAAUGGAAUGAUUGGAUGUACUCAACCUCGUAGAGUUGCAGCAGUUAGUGUUGCAAAAAGAGUAGCUGAAGAAAUAGGAUGUGAAUUAGGAUAAGAAGUAGGUUAUUCUAUCCGUUUUGAGGAUUGCACUACUAAAAAUACAAGAAUAAAAUAUAUGACUGAUGGUGUUCUAUUAAGAGAAAGUUUAAAUGAUCCAGAUCUUGAAUAAUAUUCUUGCAUUAUUAUGGAUGAAGCUCAUGAAAGAUCUUUAAAUACAGAUGUUCUUUUUGGUAUUCUAAAAAAGGUAGCUUAAAGAAGAAGAGAUAUAAAAAUCAUUAUCACCAGUGCUACUAUGAACUCUAGAAAAUUUAGUGAUUUCUUUGAUGGAGCAUCUAUUUUUGAGAUUCCAGGUAGAACAUUUCCUGUAGGUAUUAGGUUCGAUAAGGCAGCAGCUGAAGACUAUGUUGAUGCAGCUGUUAAAAAAGCCCUAUAAGUUCAUAUUUAAGAGCCACCAGGAGAUAUUUUAAUUUUUAUGACAGGACAAGAAGAUAUUGAAGUAACUUGUUUACUUUUGGCUGAAAAAAUAGCAAGCUAAGAAACAAUUCCCCCAAUUACAAUACUACCUAUUUAUUCCUAAUUGAGAUCAGAUGAUCAAGCUAAAAUCUUUGAAUCAUCGAAAUAAAGAAAAUGUAUAGUAGCUACUAAUAUAGCAGAAACAUCCCUUACACUUGAUGGUGUUAGAUACGUUAUUGAUACAGGGUAUUGUAAAAUUAAAGUUUACAAUCCAAAAAUAGGUAUGGAUGCACUGUAAAUAACUCCUAUUUCAUAAGCAAAUGCUAAUUAACGUUCUGGAAGAGCAGGAAGAACUGGUCCUGGUAUUUGUUAUAGGCUCUAUAGUGAUACGAAUUUCCGUUCUGAUAUGCUUGAAAAUAACAUCCCAGAAAUACAGAGAACCAAUUUGGCUAAUGUUGUUUUACUUUUAAAAUCUUUAAAUAUCGACGAUCUGUUGUAAUUUGACUUCAUGGAUCCUCCUCCAUAAGAGACAAUCCUUAAUUCUAUGUAUCAGUUGUGGUUGCUUGGAUGCUUGGAUGAAGCUGGAUCUAUCACUGAUUUAGGAAGGAAAAUGGCUUAAUUCCCUCUAGAUCCUCCUUUAACUAAAAUGCUUAUAACAGCAGAUGAACUUGGCUGUACAGAAGAAAUUUUAACAAUAGUCAGUAUGCUAAGUGUUCCUUCUGUUUUUUACAGACCAAAAGGAAGGGAAGAAGAAAGUGAUGCUGUUAGAGAGAAACUUUUAAUUUCUGAGAGUGACCAUUUAACACUAUUAAAUGUAUAUGAAUAAUGGAAAAAAAAUGACUAUUCAGGUUAAUGGUGUAGUGAUCACUUUAUUUAGGUUAAAACGUUAAGAAAGGUAAGAGAAGUUAGAUCAUAGCUUAAAGAUAUAGCCAAAUAACAAAAUUUAAAGUUGACCAGCUGUAAUUAUGAUUAUGAUCUUGUUAGAAAAGCAAUCUGCUCUGCAUAUUUCACUCAUGCUGCAAAGAUUAAAUCAAUUGGAGAAUAUACUAAUUUACGUACCGCUAUGCCUUGCAGAGUGCAUCCUUCAAGUGCACUUUUUACUCUCGGACAUGCACCUGAUUAUGUAGUUUAUCAUGAAUUAAUUAUGACAACAAAAGAAUAUAUGAGUUGUGUUACUUCAGUAGAUCCUAAAUGGUUAGAAGAAAUGGGUCCUAUGUUCUUUAGUGUAAAAGAAUAUUAUGGACAUAGAAGAGAUAGAUCAUAAAUUCAAGCUGAAGCUACAAAUAGAAUAGAACUUAGUAAUCGUAUAGCUCUUGAGAAAUAAACAGAAAUGAGAAUAAAAAAGUAAUAAGAAAUGGAAUUAGAAAAAUAACAGAGGGAUUAAUUAGUAGAAAGCAGCAAUAAAAAAGCUCCUAAACUGGCUACAGGUAGAAGGAUAGCAAAUACAUCAUUACUAAAUAGAAAUAUUGAUGAAGAUUGA